AGGAACUCCAGUUUUGUGCUGCGUAUUCGUUAAUGCUUUCGGUGAAAUAAACCGCCAGCACUAGAAGAAAAAGCACAUGCAAAAAUCGGAAACAUUAGUGGAUAUAUCGGAAACCUCGGACAUUACACGUAUCGUGCAUAGGCGCCCUGCAUGUCAUGCCGUCUGAACGUGUCGAUAACGCUUUCACUGACUCAGUAGACAACAUUAACAAAUCCGAAAAAUAUCACAAAGAAUUCGUUGAAAAGCAGUCAAAAUUGUAGUUAUUAGGGCGAAUCUACUCAAUCCGCGCCAUCCAGUUCUACGGGCAACGUGUGAAUUGACGAAUCGAACGGAGAGCCAGGCAGGAUAACCCGGAAAAAGGGGUGAUUAAUGUGGCACGGGCCACCGACCUUCCCGUGCACCAUACGCACAUUCGCCAAGGAUUCGGUGAAGUAAGUGUGCUGCCACUUCUGGCCGAGAUCGGCCCGCGAUCGACAGUGAACCGAACGGAAGACAACAAAAGGUCAUCGCAACAACGUAACGACGACACGUAACGGAGCGCGGCUCAAGGACACGCGGCUCAGACUCCUCGCUCAGAGUCGCAGGCAUCGGAAAAGCCGCAGUGUUCGGGCGCUAGGGCAAGCCGAAGCCUCCGUCUGCUGGUAGCUGGAAGCGCCAGUCGGCCCAGUGGUCAACCCUCAGCCUUCGCGCCGCCCACUUCCACGCCCCAGCCCACGCAAAGCGGCUGCUGCGCAGGAUGGCCGUCAAGCAGAACAACAGUGAGGCGGGCGAUGCCUCGGAAAACGCCGCAGGCGCCGGCAACGGGAUGCCGCCCAACGCCAGUCCCAUGUCCACCAGCGGGCUGAAGCUGCCCGCCGAGAACGGACCGGCCGAGGGCAUGGACACGGGCUCGUCGGCCGGCGAGGGCCUAAACUCCAACCGAGCUGGCAAGCGGGACAUCAAGAGCCUGCUGGCCCACCUCCAGAGCAUUGAUCUGCCGGAGCAGGGCCACAAUGUGAUGGCCAUCUGCGAGCGGGCCAUCGUGGAUCUGGCCCGACUGCAGAUACCAGCGGACGCGGGGUACUGUCCGCGCCUCAAGGAGGACGUGUGCCAGGUGGGCGCCUUUCUGGCCACGCGCAACGAGAAGUUCCACCAGAUGUUCUACCUGCGCGUCGUCUACGAGCUGAUCACCAAGUCGCCGUUCGAGCCGCCGCCCUCGUGCGCCGUGGCCAUUGUGUUCCAGCUGUUCGACUCCAACCAGAUCCUCGAGGCGGUGCACUCGCUGCUGGAGCAGAAUGUGCAGGACGCGAGCAUCCGGAAGACGGUGAAUCUGCUGUGCGACUGGAUCACCUACUGCACCUUCUGCAGCAACCUGAAUCUCUGGGUGCUGGCCCUGCUCACGGGUCUGCGGGACCAGGGCAAGCGGGUGCUGCUGGACGAGAUUGCGCUGGACAACAUCGAAAAGCUGUUCCAGGUGAUGAUCUUCCCGGCGCUGCGUCAGAAGGCCGCCCCAGUGGUGUACCACAUGCUGUCGACGAUUAACCAGACGCCCGAGGUUUUUCACAAGAUCUUGCCGAGGAUUCCCCUUGUACUGCAGCACAUGAAGAACCAGUCGGCCAUUAUGGAUGAGAUUGGUCUGGAAGCCCGCAAUUGUCUGCAGCAGCUGGUGGACCUCACCAGCGCCCUGAUGCUGCGUUUCUACGAUCAGGAUGACCUCUAUGUCGCCGCAAAAAAGGCUCUGCAAACGUUCGAACCCUCUCCGAAUUGCGUGGCGUUGGCGCGGGCCAUGCACGAGAAUGCCCAGCCGUGGGGUCGGCGGAAUGCGAGGGUCGGGCUGGUGAACCUGGGAAACACCUGCUACAUGAACAGUGUUCUCCAGGCACUGGCCAUGACCAGCGAUUUCAGCAGGCAGAUCCUGCUCAUCGAGUGCGACUCGCUCCUGCUGAUGAAGGUUCAGCAGCAGAUCGCCCUGAUGCACCACUCGCUGCGCUACGAGCUGACGCCCUCGCGAGUGCUGAAUGCCACCCGACCGCCCGGUUUCACGCCCGGCCUUCAACAGGACAGUUCCGAGUUCCUAGGAUAUCUGCUCGACCUGCUGCACGAGCACGAGAUCAACAGCCCCUCAGCGGCAGGUCGCAGUGGCGCUCCGCCGAAGGCCAGCUCGGAGGUCGAAGACGUUCCCGCCCUGCUGAGCGAGGAGAUUGUGACCAGCGGCGUAAUUCCGUACAACAGUAAGGAUCGCGAGCUCGGCAGCGGAAGCGGCAGUGGCAAUGGCAGUCACAAGCCCACACCCACUCCCCCUGCGACACCCACCAAAGGCACAAAUGGCUCGCAGCAGCCGGGACAGUCGGCGAUUCCUGCGAAGCCACCAUCGACCAUCGACAAGACGUUCGCCGGCAAGUUGUCCACCACCCACCGCUGUCUGAGCUGCGGCUGGGAGAGCCGGAACGAGGACAGCUUCCGGGAGCUGCAGCUGUCCUUUCCCGAUGACAAGGACGACUGCGGAGCCACCAACUACUCAGUGCAGGAUCUGAUCGAGUACUACUGCUCGCCGGAGAAGCUGGACGGUGACAAUCAGUACUUCUGUCCGCGCUGCAAGAAACUCUGCGAUGCGGAGCGCCACAUCGGGGUCACCCAGGCGCCGAGGAAUCUUAUACUCACGCUCAAGCAAUUCAAGUACGACCAGAAGUACCACUUUCGCACCAAGCUGAUGCAUAAGGUGUUCCACGAUGAGAGCGUCACUGUGAAGAUGUGCGCCACGGACUCGCUGCAGGAGAUGUCCACGGUGCAUUACGAUCUGUAUGCCGGAGUUGUGCACGCCGGCUACAGCAUGGAUUCCGGCCACUACUUUACAUUCGCGGCAGAUCAGGCGAAGAACUGGUACAAGUUCAAUGACAACUUGGUUACCCACUCGCAGCCGGAGGAGAUGCAUAACCUCACCUCGCCCAACACGCCCUACAUCCUGUUCUAUAAGAUGUGCGGCCGCUCCAACGAGUCUAAUGGAGCGUCGGCCAGCUGCAGCUCGAGCAUGGGCUCGGGUUCGAGCCACCAAGUGGUCUCGGUGCCGCUGUCGCUGCCACUAACGCUGGAGGAAUUGCCGCGCCAGCUGCGAGACUACGUGAAAAAGGACAACCAUGUCUACAACGAGGAGUUGAGGAUGCAGCGCUUCAAGCGCGGCGGCGGCGGUCACGGCGGCAAUGGGUUCGUCAGCCGGCACAGCUUCGAUGGCGAUGGCGACGAGGACGACCAGGCGCCACCGCCGUCCGGAGGAUGCGGUGGCAACGGACUGGGCAUGAACAUCAACCGCUUCGUCUUCUGAGGAAGUACAAGCGAACGCGGCGAGCACUCCGGAGGCCACUAGAACAUAUAUUUGUCUACUUUAUAAAACACGCGCAUACUAAUCUAAAUGUUACAUAUAUAUAUAGCCAGUGCAUAACCAAUCGAGGUAUAUACGGCUACGUAUAUCGAGUGUGUGAGAAUCAAUGGCUGCUGCUGCGCUUUCCGUUUGCUCGUUCGCCAGCUCUUUCCGUUGCUGUCCAUGUUUUUUAUGUCCGGUUUCCCCAUCCUCAACCCCAUCCCUCGAUCCUUCCCCCCGAGAAAUCAUCCUACUCAUCCACCCAUGCACACGCGAACUAUCAAUGUAUUUCCAUUUACGAAAUUGUUAUGAUUUUUUUGUUUUUGUUAACACAAACCUAGUUGUAGAACGAGCAUAUAAGCGUACACAUACAUAUAUAAUUAUAACGAUUAAAAGCAUCUAAAUUAGCCAGAGAAGAGAGCGACAAGCGGCAUACUCGAAUCCGUAUCCGAAUCAGCCGAUCUAAGAAGACCACUUACUUCCAAAGCAGUAAAUCAGAAACGUAUGCACCUUAGUUUUAAACGCUCGGACUAAAAUCAUAUCUUGAGUUGCAAUCGAACUAAGGAGCUAUGCAAGCGAUCGUCGCCACAGUGACUUGUAUAAAUAGUUGGCGAGAGCGAGAUCGAAAACGUAUUAUUAGUUUCCCUGUUGAUUUUUGUGAAUUUAAAAAAAAAUGCUAAUAUGCGACACGAAUUUGUAAUUGAUAUAUAUGUGAAUGUAUCUCUUUGGAUCUGGUGAGCAGAGGUUGCGAUGAUUUUUGAAUGUUAUUGCAAUUAAAUUGGAAUAAUUUCAAAGAAAUUUGUAUAUGGUGUAUGUCUAUUGAUAACCAAAAUCUAUACUAUGCUAUGCUAUAAGUGUAUCAAUAAAGAAAAGAACAAGCCCAAA